AUGAAGGUCCUGGCAGCUGCCCUGCUUGCUCUGCUCCUCCUUGCCACCUGCUCCCCGGCCGCGGCACAUCUCGACGGCGUCCCUUCCACCUGCUGCUUCAAGUACCAUCCCCGCCCCGUCCCACUGAGCCUCAUCACCUCUGUCUACACCACCAGCAGCAGCUGCGCCCAGCCGGGGGUGAUCCUGGUGACCAAGAAGAAGGAGCUGUGCGCGGACCCCCAGGCACGCUGGGUGCAGGCACGGCUGCGGCACUUCCAGACCCCGCAGAACUGA